CUCUACUACGAGCUGGCUCCCUCCGCUUUGGGAGUGUUUCGCAUUUAAACAAACACGGUCCUGCUUGAAGAUGGCGGAGAGUUUGUAGAGGCGAGAAGAAGAAAAAGAAAACCGCUCCACUCAAUGAAAGCAUCGAAGCCGGUGCUGAUAUGCGCUGAAGAUGAGUAGCGUCGGAGACAACUUGUUGGAGCCGCUGUGCGCCGACCGCAAGCGUAAACUGUCCACCUGCGACACGCCGAGCGUAGGGUGUGACAAGCGUCGGAGGGAACAGGAGAGCAAGUACAUCGAGGAGCUGGCCGAGCUCAUCUCGGCGAACCUCUCCAACAUCGACAGCUUCAACGUCAAGCCGGACAAAUGUGCCAUCCUCAAGGAGACCGUGAGGCAGAUCAGACAGAUCAAAGAGCAAGGAAAGAGCUCUUGCAGCGAUGACGAUGUCCAGAAGGCGGACGUGUCUUCCACUGGUCAAGGAGUCAUCGACAAGGACCAUCUGGGACCACUGCUCCUACAGGCAUUGGACGGCUUUCUGUUUGUGGUUAACCGAGAGGGCAGCAUUGUAUUCGUGUCGGACAACGUGACGCAGUACCUGCAGUACAAGCAGGAAGAGCUGAUCAACACCAGCGUGUACAACAUCAUCCACGACGAGGACAGGGAGGACUUCCACAAGAACCUACCCAAGACUAACGCACCAAAUGGAGCAUCGUGGGGCGGAGAGGCACCGCGGCAGAAGAGCCACACCUUCAACUGUCGAAUGCUGGUGAACUUCGGUCACGGCUUGUCAGAAGAGAGGCCGGAGGGCCGGCGCUAUGAGACCAUGCAGUGUUUUGCCCUCACUCAGCCCCGGGCCAUAAUCGAGGAGGGAGAAGGUAAAAAGUCCGAUUGUCUCGGCUGGCCGCAUUUAUUGGUCAACGUGUGCUCAAACGUUGCAAAUAAGGCCAUGUGCACACGGUGUUCCACGUCCAGUUUGUCCCCCCCGGCACAGUCGAACGUUGCGUUGUCUCUUUGCUUUUUAGACUUGCAGUCGUGUAUGAUCUGCGUGGCGCGACGCAUCAUUGCAGUAGAGCGGACAGAGAGGUUUAGCACGCGCCAUGAACUGUCUGGUAAGCUGAUUGGAAUUGAGCAGGAAACCUCUCUGAGCACCACCAUGCGUCCAGGCUGGGAGGACCUGGUGAGGCGCUGCAUGCAGAUGUUCCUCCAUCGGAGUGAGGGACAGCCGUGGUCCUACAAGCGGCACUACCAAGACGCUUUCCACAAAGGCCACGCGGAGACGCCGCUCUACCGCUUCUCCCUGUGCGAUGGCACCCCGGUCACCGCCCAGACCAGAAGCGACCUCUGCAGAAAUCCCAGCACCAAUGAGCCGCACUCUUUCCUCUCCACACACUUGCUGCAAAGAGAGCAGAAUAGUUACCGUGGAAACCAGGCUGGAGGGAAGAGGCCUCAGAACAUAGGUGUGAGCAACCCCAACCAGCCGACGAACAUGGGCCCAGGAGGGGGCAUGAACAAGGGCUACGGCGUGGCCGAGCAGGGCAACAUGCCCCAAAGAGGAGCGCCUCCGUACACCGGGGGCAACCGCAUGAACCCCAUGAGCCAGAUGAAUCAAAUGAACUCCAUGCAUCAGAUGAACAACAUGGGUCAAAUGAGUUCCAUGCAUCCAAUGAGCUCCUCGAUGAACCAGAUGGGGCCCAUGAAUCAGAUGGGUCACCAUGGCAUGCAGAAACAACAACAACAACAACAGCAGCAGCAUCAGCAGCACCAACAUCAGCAGAUGGGUCAGUUCCAUGGAGGUGGAGGUGGACCUGGAGUUGGAGCGUACGGGAUGGGAAUGACCAGCCCCCCCCCGGCCAGUCCAGGCAUGAAUGGCCCCACACACAACGUCAUGGGUUCACCCAGAGUCCGAGGGAGCCCCAAGAUGGGUGCGAGCCCCUUCUCUCCCGGAGGUAUGAACUCCACCAUGAGCUCCGGUCACCCUGGCAACGCUGGAGGCGGGACCACCUUCUCCAGCAGCUCCUUGAACGCCCUCCAAGCCAUUAGUGAGGGAGUGGGCAAUCCGAUGCCCUCCCCGCUCACCUCUCCUCCCCCCCACAAGCCCGACAGCUCCCCGAGCAUCAACUCCACCAACCAUGCAGCCGGGGGGCCCUGUAAGCCAAGCCUCCCGGCCUACUCCGACUCCAAGUGUCCAGGCGGCUCCCUGGGAGCCGGAGGAGAGCAGCAGUCUCAGCAGAAUCCAAACACCCCGACCAGCGAGAGCCCUCCUCACAAGCCGGACAGGCAGGCCGGCAGAGAGGCGGGGCCCGCCGGGGGCGAAUCGAACAGACGGGUCCCAGACGCCAAGUCCCACAAGAAGCUGAUGCAGCUCCUCAUCUCCCCGACAGACGAGCUGGUGCCGUCUAACCACGCACAGGGCUCCGGGCCCGGCCCCACGCCCGAGGCUAAAGACGGAACCGCCGGGGUCACCAGCCCCUCCUCCACGGGGGUGUCCUCCUCUACGGGGGCCGUGUCGUCCUCGGGCGCCGCCGGACAUUUAACGAGCCAGUCGCUGCAGGAGAAGCACAAGAUCCUCCACAAGCUUCUGCAGAACGGCAACACUCCCGACGAGGUGGCUCGCAUCACAGCCGAGGCCACCGGGAAGAGCCGCCUGGACUCGGGGGCGCCGGAGCCCGGGCCCCCAGCCGCCGGAGGGGUCAGGGGAUCCGACUCGAAGCAGGAGCAGCACAGCCCGAAGAAGGAGAAGCCCCACGCCCUCCUCCACUACCUCCUCAAUAAGGACGACUCUAAGGAAGGUGUUGAUAUCAAGCCAAAGCAGGAGGAGCUGGAGGGGAGAGGAGCUCAGGGUACAGGGGUCACCAGCUCUGACCCCCACUGCAUGGAUGGGAAGGUCAAGUUGGAGCCGUCGGAUGAGGCGGAAACCCUGGAGACCAUCCUGGGGGUCCCGAAGAACAACCCUGGCUUCUACCCGGAACCAGACCCCAGAGCGGGGAAGGAAGGGGGCAACAAACCGGGAAAUAUGCCCGACAGUUUACACGAUGGGGAGCGAGGCCCCUUGCCUCCAGCCCAGCGCAUCGCCUAUCAGAGAGCCUUGUCCGUGGAUGCCAAGCCCAUCGGUGGAGAGGGACCGGUGGGAGGAGGGCUGGCCGGGAGACGGAACGUCCCCUGUCCCACGUUGGUCAAACAAGAGAAGAUGGACGCUGCGAUUCCACCUGGGCCCGUUCCCAACGGCUUUCCCGGGGGCAUGGGCGCGUGUCCGCCACGGGGCAACCCAACGAGAGGUGUGGGCAGAGGAACGGGAAUGCCUCAGCGGCCUCCCAUGUCGGCGCCAGGGGACUGGGGGAUGCCGCGGUCCGGCGGCAGCCCCGUGGCCGGACCGGGACACCCUGGCAUGGGUCGCGCCGGUCCAAUGGGAGGACCCAUGAUCAACAGGUCCACCAGUGUACCCGGGAAAACCAGGUCUAUGCUGCAGCAGCAGCUCAUGGAUAUGGGUUCCAGUGAAGCCAAUGCGGGCAUGAGUCCGUUUGGUGGACACGGGCACCCACCUCAGUCCCCGUCCUGGCCAGACUCCGCGAUGGGACUGGACCGGCCAAAGACCACCACAAAGAGGGACCAGUUCGGGCACCCCCUGGAGGAGCUGCUGGGGCCCCGGGUCAACAGCGAGGGCCCGAGUGACGAACGAGCACUUCUGGACCAGCUGGACUCUCUGCUCAAUACCACUGAUGUCAUCGCGCUGCAGGAGAUAGACCGGGCCCUCGGCAUCCCUGAAAUAGUAGGCCAGAACCAUCGACCCGAAGGCCACCCGCAGGGCCCGGAUCGAGGCGCGGGGCGGUGCCCACCAUCAGAACCUUUCCCGGGGACGGACUCCUCCUUGGGCAUGGACCAAAAACCCAUGUACAACCCGGGGCCCUCCUCUCGGGCCAUGCAGCCGGGUUAUGGUGGCAACGCGAUGCAGGGCCCGUCUCCCGGAGGCUUCAACCCCAUGAUGAGUCCGGUGGGCCAGACGGGGAGCUUCCCUGGCAUGGGGGGCAUGGGCAACCCCCGCGCCAACAUGAUGCAACCUCGCAUGAUGACCGCCACCAAGCCUCUCCGACUGCAGCUGCAGCAGCGGCUGCAAGGGCAACAGUUUAUGAACCAGACUCGACAAGGCGUGAAGAUGGAACACGCCCCCGGAGGAAACCCUGCAAUGCAUUCAGGCAUGCAGCCCGGCAUGCAGCCCGGCAUGCAGCCCGGCAUUCAAGCUGGCAUGCAGGCUGGAAUGCAGGCUGGAUUGCAGCCUAGCAUGCAGCCUGGCAUUCAAGCUGGCAUGCAGCCUGGCAUUCAAGCUGGCAUGCAGGCUGGCAUGCAGGCUGGCAUGCAGGCUGGCAUGCAGGCUGGAAUGCAGGCUGGAAUGCAAGCUGGCAUGCAGCCUGCAAACAUGGGUGGUCAGCCUGGUUUCCUGAACGCCCAGAUGAUGGCUCAGCGCAGCAGGGAGAUGAUGACCAUGCAGAUGAGAAGGCAGCGGAUGAUGAUGCUGAUGCAACAGCAGCAAGGGCAAGGGCAGGUGCAAGGGCAGGUGCAAGGGCAGGGGGCAGCGAGAGGCUUCAGCCCGCCCCCAAGUGCCACCGCACCAGGAGGCAUGGAAGGCGCCAUCGGCGGCGCCCCCAUGAACCAGCCCAGCCAGCCGGGAUUCAACUACGCAGGGGUGAACCAGCAGGGGGACCCAUCCUUCAUAGCUCCAGGUAGCAGCCCCCCAGCAAACAUGAUGCAAGGACGAAUGGGGGGGCCUCCACAGACCGCCAUCAUGCCAGGGAUGCAGGGCAAUCCCCAGGGAGGGCCGAUGUACCAGUCAGGAGACAUGAAAGGAUGGCCACAGGGCGGCAUGCCACAGGGCGGCAUGCCACAGGGCGGCAUGCCACGCAGCAACACAUACCCCCAGCAACAGUUUCCCCAGCACGGCAACCAGGGUCAGUUUGGACCCAUGAUGAUGAACAACUCCAUGGGGGGGCCCGGGCCAGUCAGCGGGGCGCCCGUCGCGGGUCAGAUGCCGGGCCAGAGGCAGGGCCAGACGGGCAUGAACCCCAUGGGAAUGGGCAGAAUGCCAAAGGGACCCGAUCAGAAGUAUUGCUGAAGACCUGUCGCUGAUGACAGCAUCUGGAGCCUUUCAACUGUGGCAGAGUGGUCUGAGCCAAUCAGAAGAGCUGGACCUACACACACACACACACACACACAGUAGGGUCCUCCAGCAUAAGACGUGACGCUCGGAGACUCUGCACAACGCACGGCUCAUCCUGGAGGAAGCGGGCUCACGUACCGUAACCCGGUGAAGGUGAUGCACAAACACACAAUAUCAGCGUCUGUGGGUCAGCGUGAACAAACCUGCAGAACGGGACUAUGGUACAACCAGCUGUGGCUGCACUUUACCUGGAAGCUUCUGUGUAGAACAAAAAAAAAGAUGGAUGCAAUAUUUCUUCAUCAUUACAGCCUUACUAGAGAUUCAAUGCCUUCUCAACGAUGGGUUUCUUUUGUUUCUUCUUUUAUUUCCCUUCUUCUUCUUUUUUGGGACGCGUCUCAUUCUUGAAGUCAUCGGAAGCUAUAAGCACAGUUAACUAACGUUAUGCAGAUCGGAGCAAUAACUCUCGCCUCUAUGCUUUCUGUAACCGGGCGCCACGACGCCUGUUCUAAGCAAACAAAUGGUACUGCAGUAUUAAGAUGUCUCGACGUGUCCUCUGUGAAUAUGAAUUGUAAAUAUUCUACAAAAUAUAUCAAACAUGCUUUUUAAAGGCCCAUUAUUGCACAAAGUAUGAGACCUGGUUGUAUUUUUUUGUCCCAUAGGUCAAUGUUGAGUUUUUAUUUUUCUUCUUUUAAAAAAAAAAAAAAAUUCUUCUUGCAAAUGUUGCAGGCGCGUUUCGGGGGUUUCCUUUCCCUCGCGUGUCAUUUUCUGAAUGUUGUAUUUUUCCAAGUUUUCCUCUUUUUUUUAAAAAACUGUCAUGUAUUCCAUGUUGUAGCGAGGCACUUUUGACUUGUGACGAGUCGAAGCUUCUCAGCUUUCAGGUUUGGUGGCGGAAGUGAGUUCCGUCUGGACGUGAGGCGGCGUGGUCUUCGUCGGGCUCUCCGGGAGGUUUCCGUCCGCGGUGACGUCGACGACGGGAACAGGAAGUCAUCGGCGUACCAACAAGCCCCCAGUACCCCCCCCCCCCUCUCAGUGUCUGCUGAGCGUAUUUUUUAUUCACAGUAUUUUCUUUUUUGACUGUUCUUCUCAACUCUCUGAAUCUACCUUUUUUCUUUCUUUUUUUUCCAACAUGCGCAAUCCAAAGAUAUUUUUCCACAUCUCCUAUAUAGUUUCCCGGUGUACAUUUGUAAUGAUAUUAGUCCGACGGUAAAUGGGUACAUGUCACAGAUCUUUUUAAAGCAUUUGGUGGGGUUUUGUACGGCAAGCGUAAGGAGCACGGAGUCGUUCCACAGGGGGGGGGGGGGGGGGACACUGGGAACUCAACCCUACGGCAGAAUGUUUUUACAUCUAGACUGAAACAAAUAAAAAUGAAAACGCAGUGUGUUUUUUGCUGUGAACCAGAAAUAACGAUGGAAUGAAAUCCACGUUCAAGACAGAUCAAAAUCUCUUCUGUCAGGAAGUGUCUUUUCUGUCCAGCGUUUUGUUACUUCAAGAAGAAAACAAGUUCAAGACGUAUCAAAAUCUCUUCUACCAGGAAGCGUCUUUUCUGUCCAGCUUUUUGUUACUUCAAGAAAAGAAAAAGAACUUUGUAGAGUUUCAAUGAAGUAAAAAAAAAACGGAGGCAAGAGAUCAUUUGGUUUUGUUUUGAGGUAAAAUAAGUUGUCAUUUUGCAGGAUGUAUAUUACAGUUUGUGUCUGUUGUUGAUAUUGAUGUAAAUACAAAUUUCUAUUUAAACAC